AUGACUUCUGUAACUAGACCCCAGCAGGCACCAUCCAAUGCUACCUUCAAGGAUAAGGAAAAGCCUCAAGAAGUACGCAGGGCCAAUAUUUUAGCAGCGAGAGCAGUAUCCGAUGCAAUUAGAACCUCAUUAGGUCCAAAAGGAAUGGACAAGAUGAUUAGAACGAAUAAAGGCGAAAUCAUCAUUUCCAAUGAUGGUGCAACCAUAUUGAAACAUAUGGCAGUCUUGCACCCAGCUGCAAAAAUGCUUGUUGAUGUGAGUCAUGCGCAAGACGUGGAAGCUGGAGAUGGAACAACAACAGUUGCCAUUUUGACAGGUGCUUUAUUAGGGGCUGCAGAGAGGCUAUUGAACAAGGGCAUACAUCCUACAUUGAUUGCCGAAUCGUUUCAAAGAGCUGCCCAGCGUAGUGUUGAAAUCCUUUUGGAUAUGUCUUCAAAGAUCAAAUUGGAUGAUAGGGAGCUAUUGAUUAAAGCGGCUUCAACCUCAUUGAGUUCAAAAAUUGUGUCACAAUACUCACUGUUGUUGGCUCCAUUGGCAGUCGACUCCGUCUUGAAAGUCAUCAAUGAUGAAAAGAACAAUGUCGAUUUGAAUGAUAUUCGUUUGGUAAAGAAGUUGGGAGGUACAAUUGAUGACACGGAGUUGAUCAAUGGUGUCGUGUUGACCCAAAAUGUUGUGAAAAAUGCAGGAGGACCAACUAGGAUAGAAAAGGCUAAAAUCGGAUUAAUACAAUUUCAAUUGUCACCACCGAAACCAGAUAUGGAAAACAAUGUCGUAGUCAAUGACUACAGACAAAUGGACAAAAUUCUCAAGGAGGAGAGAGCAUACUUGUUGAACAUAUGUAAGAAGAUAAAAAAAGCCAAAUGUAAUGUCUUGUUGAUUCAAAAGUCUAUCUUGAGAGAUGCUGUCAAUGACUUGGCUUUACACUUUUUAUCAAAAUUAAACAUCAUGGUUAUCAAGGACAUUGAAAGAGAUGAAGUCGAAUUCUUAUCCAAAGCGGUGGGAUGUAAGCCAAUUGCCGAUGUUGACAACUUCACCGAAGAUAGGUUAGGUUCAGCUGACUUAGUAGAGGAGAUUGAAAGCUCUAGCUCCAAAAUUGUUCAAAUAACAGGAAUCACUUCGAAAACCACCCAACCUACCGUUUCCAUUGUUGUGAGAGGAGCAAACAAUUUAGUUGUUGAUGAAACUGAAAGAUCAUUACACGAUGCAUUGUGUGUUGUUAGGUGCUUGGUAAAAGAAAAAGCAUUGAUUGCCGGAGGUGGUGCACCAGAAAUUGAAGUCUCAAGACAAUUGAUGAAGGAGUCGAAUAAAUUGUUUGGUGUAGAACAAUUUGUUUAUCAGGAGUUUGCCCUUGCUUUAGAGGUAAUACCCACAACGUUAGCUGAAAACGCUGGAUUGAAUCCUAUAAACGUUGUUACAGACUUAAGAAACAGACAUGAAAACGGAGAAAAAAACGCAGGUAUAUCCGUUAGAAGAUCUGGAGCUUCAAAUACAUUUGACGAGCACGUAUUGCAACCAGUAUUGGUGAGUACUAGUGCUAUUGUUUUGGCUUCCGAGUGUGUAAAAUCUAUUUUGAGAAUUGAUGAUAUCCAAUUCAGUCGCUAA